CUCCGCUCCCCGCCACUUGAUUCAAAGGCGGUGACACUACGUCCCAUUCUCACCAUUUCUCUCGUAUACUCACAAUUUCUACUAAAUACUCACAACUUCUUCGAUAAAGGACUGGCUUGGUCUAUUUCCAGACUGUCACCUUCUCAUCACCGUCCAUUAUUUUCCCACGACCAACCGACCGACUCCGCACGACAGAUAUUCUUACCACCGAGCCAUACCUGACCGUGUACAUGAGCUUCGCGCAAAUAGGGUUCUUUGAAGCUUAUUGGUCUCUGUUCAAGGCCGUCAUCCUAGUCGCAGAAUCAUUUCUCCCAGAACCUAUCCCGCUCCUGGAGCAGCCUAUCAGCAACUCCUCGUUCACUUCAAGCCCCGCCCCCAGCCCUUUUUUGACGAGCGUUUACAAUGGGACCAAAGCGCACUUCUGCCCGCUCAAAGCGGGAGCGCCAAACGAAACUGGCCUUCUCACCUCUCCCAGCUUCUUCUCCUGCAGCGGUAAACCUCUCCCCUUCGGUACGCAAUCGUGCAGCCGCCGUCGGCGUCGACUCGUCUCCUUCCAGACCAACAAAGAAGCGUAAGGUCGUUCAACAUAACGAUGAUAGCGACUCAGACAUUGGUCUCUUGAUGCCGAAUAAAUCGUUUUCGACGAAUUUCUUCAGUCCUGCGAAAAAAGACCUUGACAGGGGAAUGCGGCUCGGGUUGCCGGUGCAUUCACAGAGGAAUGGGAUGUUUGGGAGCGAGGAUAGCGAGGAAGGGGAUUCGAUUUCGGAUAACAGUUCGUCUGAAGAGGAAAGGCCGCCGGUGAAGCAGGGGAAGCGAAAGGCGCAAAAGAAACGGAAGAGGCCGAGCGGGAAUAAUAAUCCCAGCGAGGAGGAGCCGGAAACAGAUGGGGCGAAGCAGCGGCGACCACCCGCAGCUGUCAGCGCUAUCAAGCAAGAGUCUGAGGAGCCCGAGGAGUCCGAAGAUGCAGUCUACCCAACCAGCACCCGGAGGCUACGGGUCAGGAGACCCACAGUUAACAAGAAGCAGGAGUUGGAUGAUGAAGAAGGGGAGGAGCAGGGAGACUCUGAGCGAGACGGUACUGCCCCGGCUGAGGAUGACGAAGGAGCUUCAAGCGAUAACGAAAGACGAGAACUGGAAGAGGAACUGAAAUUCCUGCAAUCAUCCCCGCCUUCCUCGCGAGACGUUGCAAGGGGGAAGUCCAGACCGCUGUCUGCACGUCAGAAAGCAUUGGAAGCCUUGAAACGGAGGCGGGCCAAAGUUGGUGGUAGCAGUGCGCCAUCUUCUUCCGCAACACCGGGGCGAAGAAGGGCCAUUGUCGAAUCAGACUCUGACUUAGAGGUCAUCGAAGAAAACGAAGAUGAGGGCCAAUCUGAGGAUAGCGCGGACGGUGCCACCCAUUCGAAUGACGAGGAAGAAGAAAUAGAGGAGGAAGAAAGCGGCCAGAAGCCAACGGCAUGCCACAAAAAAAGCACUGCGCGUGAUAUAUUCGAAGAGAAUGACGAAGAUGCCGGCUUCAUUGUCGACGACUCCGACGAACCCAUAGGGGAGCCUGCGGACGGUGCAUCCAUGCCUCUAGAGUUCACCUCCCUCGCCCUCGCAAAACCUCGUGAACUAUUCAAGUACGCAGUCGAAUGGAUGGUGCACAAGAAAAUCAACCCAGGCUUCUCUUCUACGGACGAGAUCUAUACUCUCGCCUUCCGCAAACUAGAUGACGAAGUCAAAGGUUUGGCCCAGUCAAAAUUCUCGUCUUCUGCGUGGACCAUUGACUUCACGCGUGCGCUUCGCGCAAGGCCUGAGAUUCAUAUCGAUGAGAUAAGCAGACUACAGCGCUCCACCAUGGAUGCCCAUUGCGAGGCCUGCAACAGAAAAAGCCAUCCGGCGACGUGGACUAUCAUGUUCACAGGCAAUCCCUACAACAAGGACACACUAGAGCCCCUAUCCGAAGACUCCGAUUCUUCUUCCGAGUCCGAUUCCUCCAUAUCCGGCACGUCAUCGUCGGAGCAGCUGAAUGGCGAAAAGCCCACAUACGACGAGCAAGGCGAGCGCAUCCCUCCCGAAUCCAAAGUCUUCACCGUGGGUUCCACCUGCAAGGCGAACGCGGAAAUGGCACAUAUCUUGCACCACUGGCGGUAUCAUCUCAACUUCUGGGUUGUGGAGUACCUGGAACGGAAAGGGUAUUGCACGCCGGAGGAGUUGGUCAAGAGAGAUAAGUUGAGUACGAGGAAGAGGACGAAGCAGGCAAAUCGGAUCGUGGAUAGGAUGGAGAAGGAGAAGGAAAUCAGCCGGUUGCAUAAAAAGUAUAAGGAGCAGGUUAACCAUGCGUUGCAGGCGAAGAAUGACUUUAGCAGCGGAUGGGGAAGGAGAUAGGGCUGCCCUAUACGUGUGCAGAAAAGGACUGGCUUACCUAGCGGGCUGGAUGGGUGAAUGGGUCACUGAAGGACUGGGCAUUGGUCUUGGUUGAAUUUGCUCGUGGCAUGGGCUGGGCAUGGGCACGGAUUAAGAUAGUUCUUCUUUAUUUUAUAUGACAUUCUGGUCUCGAGAUACAGCUUACUGCGGCUUUCCACGUCCGACUGAAUUCCUCUGUAGGUGGAAUUACCUACCCGGCACAAGUCAACUGGCUACGACUUAAUAAUGCGAC